GUCCCUGGACAAGUCGACAAUCAGCCAGGCGUUAGGCGAGGCCAGGCCGAGUGCUCUAGUGCGCCCCGCUCUGUAUCCCAAUCCCCAUGAAGACCAUUGUGGUGGUGUUGGCCGUCCUGGCCAUGGCGGUGGCCGGCCCGGCUCCCCAGCCCGGCCCCGAGCCCCAGCCCGCCGCGGCGGCCGCUGCAGGCGCGCAGGCGCAGGCCGGCCCCGGCCCGGUCAGCGUCACCGACCAGGAGAGCCAGGCGUCUGAGUCCGUGUCCAAGCGCGGGGCCGCGAGGCUCUCGCCCGUGUCCGGCAACUCCAUCGUGGACAACACGGUGAGCAGCGCGCCCCAGAGCCUGCAGCCCCUGCAGCCGCAGCUGACGACCUACAGCAGCACCCACCAGCAGCAGCAGCAACAGCUCCAGCAACAGUUGCAGCAGCAGCAGCAACAGCCCCAGCAGCCCCUGUACGCCCCCCACCCGUACUCGUUCAUCGCGCCCCAGUACCAAUACCAGUACCAACCCGCGCUGCCCGCACUGCCGCCUCUACUGCACUCCAAGUACCACGCGCCCUCCAAGCAGCACGUGCUGCAGUACGUGCCCCAGCCGUACUUCCAGAUGCCGCAGUACCAGGCUCCCCUCAUGUACCUGAUCCCCCAGCCCCAGCCAGCCCAGGCUCACCACGCGCAGCCCGCCUCCGGCCAGCAGUCCGCCGGCCAGCCCGAGCAGUCGGCCCACCACCACCAGCAGCCGCAGCAGUACGUCAUGGUCCUGUCCGCGCCGGCCGCCGCCCCCGCGCAGGCUGGCCCCGUGGCCGCCAACGGCUUCCAGUACUUCGGCCACCCCCUGCUCGCCCAGCAGCCCCAGCAGCUCAUCACCUUCUACGCGGGACCCCAGCACGGCCAGGUGGCGCAGCCACAGCUGCACCAGGCACAGCCGCAGCUGCACCAGGCGCAGCCCAACCACCACCAGCUGCACCACAUCCAGCUGCAGCAGCCCCAGCUGCACCAGCCCCAGACCCGGUUCUACCCGGAGCAGCAGCAGCUCGUGUUCCAGUCGCCGCAGCCCGAGGGACCCUCCUCGCAGAACGACGGCCCUCCCCACUUCGUCCAGAAGCAGAACAGCCAGGGCCCCGUCGGCCUGGAGGCGCCGCCCACCCCCGCCAGCCUGGUCGGAACCUACGGCGCGCGCGUGCAGCACCAGCACCAGCAGCCGCAGCACCAGCACGCCUACAAGACCAUCAUCAAGGCGUAGUGCGAGCCCGUCCUGUAGUCUGUGAUGUACGACUGAUGACGGGGCCGGCUCACAUCGAUCCGGUGCUCCCUGUUCUCUCCCAAAGCUGUAACGUGUAGUUGGGCCCGUCGGGCAGCCUGUCCCGGCCCGCCACACAUGUCCCCGGCACUGGCAAUAGUAGUUUCGACACAUGCUCCCUCACGACGGCAAGGGGCGAAUUUCAAAACGUCGCAAAAAACAACAACAAAAACGGAUGUGUUUUGUAUCCGCAGACGAGGGAGGUGGCGUGGAAACUGUUGCCGGCCAGUGUCCUAGUCGAUCGCACCAGGGCGAAGGGCUCCGCAAGGGCGGCGCCUAGGUGCGAGAUUAUUUAAAUGUAGGGUAGUUGUUGUUGUCGUGUUGUUGCGUAGUUUUAAGAAUAAAUGACUUUUUCAUACUGUU